AUGAAGCUUGAUAUUAGCAAUAUGCGCUAUAUGACCGCGGAGGACUUCCGCGUCCUGCAGGCCGUGGAGCAGGGGUCAAGAAACCACGAGGUCGUCCCCACACAGAUGAUCCACCAAAUCUCCGGGAUGAGGUCCCAGUCGGGAACGAAUCGGUCGAUUGGCGACCUCGCAAAGCUGAAACUUGUUUCGAGGAUGCGUAACAUAAAAUACGACGGGUUCCGUCUCACCUACAAUGGCUUUGAUUACCUCGGCCUCAGAGCUAUGCUCAGCCGCGACACGAUCUACUCGGUGGGAAAUGUGAUUGGUGUCGGUAAGGAGUCUGAUGUGUACCGCGUUAGCGCCAAGGACGGUAGUGCACGCGUGCUGAAGAUCCACCGUCUGGGUCGCACGUCCUUCACCACUGUGAAAAACAACAGAGACUACUUGAAGCGUAACCAGAGCGGAAGCUGGAUGUUUCUUUCCCGCUUAGCAGCCAACAAGGAGUACCAGUUUAUGAGCCUGCUGCAUAGCAAGGGUUUCACUGUUCCCGAGCCUUUUGACAACUCCCGCCACAUGAUCCUUAUGGAGUUGAUCGACGGAUAUCCCAUGCGUAACAUGCGAUUGCAUAAAAACCUCCCUAAGCUGUACAGCGACCUGAUGCUAUUUAUCGUCAAACUCGCCAAUCACGGCCUAAUCCACUGUGACUUUAACGAAUUCAACAUCAUGAUAAAGAAUUCUGUUACCGGUCCCGAGGACAAUGGCUUCAUUGUUAUCGACUUCCCACAAUGUAUUUCGAUCCAGCAUCAAGAUGCGGAGUUUUUCUUCAAGAGAGACGUGGACUGUAUCCGCAGAUUCUUUAAAAAGAAGCUGAAGUUCGAGCCUCGCGUGGACGAAUCUAUGCUAGAUGUUGACGGAUUCGGUGACGGUUACAAAUACCCUUACCCUGUAUUCGAAAGAGAUGUGAAAAGAUGUGAUAAUCUGGACGAGCUAGUUCAAGCGUCCGGUUUCAGUAAAAAACAUCCUGGUGACAGAAGGUGGGAAGAGGCCGCCGAACAGAUGCGAAAGGAGGUGAGUGAACAAGAUGUUGUGGAGGGAGAUCCCAACGACCUUUUGGAGGCCGAAGAAAGCUCAGAGGGUUACUCUGAGGGUUACUCUGACGACGAGUACUAUAGCUCCGAGGAAGAGGAGGAAUCCGAAGAAGGUGAAGACUCCUUAGAAGAAGAGAAUGAACGGAUUGUUGAGGCUCUGUCGAGUGGUGUGGCUAACCUCAAGAUGGACAAGCUCGGGAACUACGUGCUUGAAGAUUAA